AUGGCCAUCAGACGUGGCCGAUUCGGUUACUCAUUCACAGUCAUCCGCGUCCUCCAGUUUUUCUGCUUCGUUGCCAUAGCAGGCCUCUGUUCCCUUCCCGCCGCUGAGAUAAACCGUCUGGACGCACCAAAACAGGCGGCGCCCAUAGCAUAUGCUCUUGCGAUUUCAGUCCUAUCAGCAGUCUGCGCAGCUACCGCAGUCCUAUGGCAUAUCUGCGGCGCUCUCCCUUACUUCGCUAAUAGCAUCGUGGACGGUGUCCUUGCGGUUCUUGUGAUUGUCAUGGCUAUUCUAGUCGGGCGCCCGCUGACACGCCUUAACUGCGGGGUAGUUGGGGACUUCAAUGAACACAUCACUUCCCUUGGAGAUGUGCUUUACUCCGUCGAGGGAAUGGGCGUGGAGGGUGACGGGGUUUAUAAGAAUAUUACAGAUGCGGCAAAAAAGUUCUCAAAGGUCCAUGAUGUCGACGGGUUGCAAGGAGUUGAAGGGCUCCCGGCACUUGGGAAGACAAGAGAGGAAGUAUGGAGCAAGAUAGGGGACUAUGACCAGUGGGUUGGGAGGGUACAGAGAGUGUGCAUCAGCAUGAAAAUUGUUUGGGCACUGGCCAUUAUUUUGAUAUUCUUGCUUGUUGCUACCGCGGUACUAUCGUGGAUCUUGCACCGAAGAGUUAAUAGUAUUCCGACGUUUCAUGUCGAAGAAAACGAGGACGGGUCGCAUUCAUACUAUACCGAGCACGUGCCCGCCUCGGUAAUGAGGGAGGUGAGCAUGACGGAUGAUGAGGAGGGGCGGGCGAGCGGUGAAUAUAGAUACGGGUAUGCGGAUCAUCGACCAACUGUUGGGAGGGAAGGGUUGUAA